AUGUGCAACAGAAUGUUCUCGUAUUGCGCGACUCUGAAUGAUGCUUUGACUCUGGAUACCGAUGAGACACCAGAUUUUGCUACGCCCACUGCAGAACCAUCUGACACAGCAACAUCGACGGCGAAGCAAAAGCAUGCGAGAAAUUACCCAAAGUAUCUGGAGCUUGACAGCUCUGAGACCCAGGCGCGUAUGAGCGCACUGCCCAAAUAUCUCAGAAACGCAGUUCUGAACAACGGUAUUGAAAUGAGGAGUUUCAACUGGAGAAGUAGCCUCGAUAGUUUGAGUUCUAGUUCUGAGAAAGUGAAGGCUGCCACAAGCCUGAUGUGGUUCAUACGAAAACGAACUGCAAACAGGAUGCGGAAACCGGUUGAGCCUGGAUUACCGAACCGAACAUGCAUGCCUAUGAAACGACUCAACAUCCUCCUCAAUACAGAGAAAGACAUAGGGGCGUAUAUCGAGAGACAUACCGUCGGUCGGAAGUCUGCGAAACAAAUGGCGAAAACUCGAACAGUAAUACAGCUACCAGAGACGGUAGAACAUGGACUUGUGAGCGAAGAAUUUCUUGAGGCUGGCUGGCUUGAGCGUACGGUCAAAGACUUGGAGCCUGGUCAACAAAGAGAAGUUAUCAAGUCGACAAUAAAUAUCCUUACCGACGGAGUACGGUCGAGCAUUGAAACAGUCGGUUUGAACGCUCAACGUCAAAGGUUUCUUGCAAUUAUCGCCGAGGCCAAAUCACUUUACAAAGAGCUCAAUCCGGAUGCUGCGGAGCUGACCACGGAAUUUGAUAUCACACGUAGACGCAGCCGCAACCCAUUCACCUGGAAGCUACAUGGUUCUUUGGAGGGAGAACGUCAAGCGACCUUGAAAUGGCAGUAUGCAGAACAAGCAAGAUUGAAUCGAUUAUCCAAAAAGUUAGACUCUACGACAGACCUUGCUCCAGAGUUGAUAAGGAGCUUGCAGGAGAUGUAUAACACAACUGGUAUGAAGCUGAGAGCUGUUAAAAUAUACUUGGAGAAACUGGAGCUGGAAAAUGCGCCUGUUGAAUCAGAAUCUCUCAAACUCGCCACGAAGCACCUUACCAUACCAUACCGAGCGCAACAUCACAUGCUCAAGGACGUCUUGAGUCGCUUCAAGGUUGGCUUGUUUGAAUUUGGCCAACGAUUCUUUCCCAAAAUCAUGCAGCGGGAAGGCUGGUACGAGCCCGAGGGCCUUUCUAUUACGGAGUUCGGGGAUAUCUUAGACCAGCACCGCAACAUGCAUGAUUUCUACAAAAUCUGCAGCAAGCAAUGGGACUCCCUCCGUCGCAUUCGCAAUUCAUCCGUACAUGAUAUCCCUCAGAUGAGCGUCGCGCGUCUCGAAGAGCUGCUGGAUGACUGCAAAGAUCUUGCAUACUUCAUGGAAUGCCCCGGUAUCGACGUCUUGGUCGACAGGUAUAACUUCCUGCUGAACAACUACAAGGACGAUUACAUGGGAUUUCUCACCUCUCACGAACAGAAACUCCGGGAUCAACUGGAGAAGAUAGACGAAGAGCGUGAUGCUGCACUCAGUGAUCUGGAUACGCUGGAGUGCAAAGACUUUGAGGAAAGAAAUGAGAAGCUGAGAGAGGACUUUCACGAGAAGAGACACAUACUCAUGUUGAAAUUUCAACGCACAGACCGCGAUAGAAAGCCCCUUUUCACACGCGAUCUUGUGAGAUACUCCGUCUUGAGCCAUAUUCGCCAUUGUUUGGAUUCAGAAGACUCCGCUUGGGCUGCAGAGGCGACAGGAGCUUUGGCCAAAGAGUAUGCAGGACGUGGGUACUUGUCGCAAAAACCACUCGAACGGGAGGCGGAAACGGACUCUCAAGAUGGAUGA